ACGUGCAUGCACGGAUACUCUAGCUCCCCCUAUAGCCAUGCGGGGCAUCACCCCCACCCAGCCCUCGACUGCACAAGCUUUUCCAUCUAUUUCCAGCCUCAUCGACAUCAGAGACCCGCGUGUGAUGUAAAAUAGCAGCCUUCAAGAGGUGCUUCUCGCUGCUAUUGGAGCCCCGUCACAUUCACUGCUUCAGCAUCCGUCUUGGCAUUCGUUGACGCUCGUUCAGUGAAGCGAUCUAGUAUCCUCCAGGUUUAUCUAAGCGUCAUUAUCGCUGUCCCCUGUUCUCCUUCUUCCUUUCUUUUUCUCCCAUCUGCACCUUAACAGGCAAAACCCGUCGAUACCCAGCACCCUAGUCUUUGGCGUGAGUGAAGAGAAGGAAAGCAUGGAGGACCAAACGUCAAAGAAACCUUUCAGAAGAAUUACCAACGUGCGUAUACCGGAUAAACCGUCGUCGACACUCUGGGACAUCACGAUCAACGAUGGGAGAAUUGCUUCGGUAGACAGCCAUGUCAAGGACUCGGACGAGUGCAGUGAGGACACGCUAGAUGGAGGCAGUCGUCUCAUAGCGCCAUCGCUCUGUCAUGCCCACAUCCAUCUUGACAAGUGCUUCCUCCUACAAGACCCCAAGUUCAGCGACUUACAGAUCGAGAGCGGCGACUUCACAGAAGCCAUGUCGAUGACGGGUGAGGCCAAGUCAAGGUUUGAGGAAGAUGAUCUCCUGAGGAGGGGCGCGCGUCUCAUCGAAGAGAGUAUCCAACAUGGUGUGACCGCUAUGCGGGCAUUUGUAGAAGUGGAUGGGGUAGUGCACAUGAAAUGUUUGGACGCAGGUCUCAAGCUAAAAGAAAUGUUUAAGGAUCGCUGUGAAGUGCAAAUCUGCGCGUUCGCCCAACUCCCGCUACUCUCUGGUCAAGACGGCGGCGAGGAAGUACGGAAGCUGAUGACCAGUGCUGCCUCGUUUGAGAAGGUGGCUGUGCUCGGAAGUACCCCAUAUGUCGAGGACGAUGAGAAGAAGUCCAAGGAUAACGUGAAAUGGAUCACGCAGUUAGCACUCAAAUACCAGAAGCAUCUAGACCUCCAUCUUGACUACUUCCUGGAAGAAGACAAAAAGCCACUCGUCUGGGAUACCUUGGAUAUGAUCAAAGAGCUCGAAUGGAACGAAAAGGCGGGAGACAGGCAAAUUACGUUAGGGCAUUGCACCAGAUUGACGAGGUUCCGGAACGAUGAGUGGACGCAUCUGAGACAAGAAGUAGGCGAUCUGCCAAUCUCUUUCGUAGGCCUGCCGACCUCCGAUCUGUUCAUGAUGCGAACACCGGAGAAUGUGCGUGGGACUUUGCCGGUCAUUGAACUCAUCAAUGAGUACGGGUUCAAUGCUGCCAUUGCCGUGAAUAACGUGGGCAACGCAUUCACACCGUACGGUAAUUGCGAUCCUCUGAGCAUUGCAUCCUUAGGUGUCGGUCUUUAUCAAGCUGGCACAAAGAAAGACGCUGAACUCCUAUAUGAAACCGUAUCGACGCGGGCGAAGGCCGCUAUUGGCUGCGACUCGACGUCUCUCGCCCUCUCGCCUGGUCAGCCUGCCGACCUUGUGUUGUUCGACCGAAUGGACAGUGGCUGGCACUGCAGGAAGAGCGUGGUAGAGGUGGUGUAUGAUGCCGGGCAUACUCGCCAAACGGUUUUCAGAGGCCGGUUGAUUGCUUCGAAAGAUACACGAAAGUAAUGUAUGAGGGUUCUUCAGUGAUGCUGAACGAGUU